AUGGCGGCAUUCCAAGAGAUCCCCGUCCUCGACCUCUCCAAGGCCCGCUCACCAGAAACCAAGUCGGACUUCCUCAAGGACUUGCUAGACGCCCUCCUCACGGUGGGCUUCCUCUACAUCAAGAACACCGGCAUCCCGCAAGAAACCUUCGAUAGAGUGUGUGAAGAAGGUAUCAAAUUCUUCGAUCUGCCCGAGGCGGAAAAGCUUCGGAUCGAAAUGAAGCAGAAACCCAGUUUCCUGGGCUAUUCUCGCCUCGGGAAUGAAAUCACGGCACACAAAGCAGACUGGCGAGAGCAGCUCGACCUGGGCACAGAACACCCCGCGAGAACUGCCAAAGACCCUCUGUAUUACAAUCUGUUUGGGCCUCUGCAAUGGCCGAGCGAGCAAUAUCUUCCCGAGUUCAAGCGCGUCUAUCAGGAAUACAUGGAGCAGAUGCGGCAGGUCAGCGAGUUCUUCACCAGCUUGAUCGCGGAGGCGCUGGGAAUGGAAGCGCAUGCGUUUGACAAGUUCUUCGAUGCGCAUCAGCAGCACAAGUUGAAGAUUAUCAAGUAUCCGGACAAUGGCGAUGGUGUGGGGCAAGGUGUCGGGCCGCAUAAGGAUUCCAUGCUCUCGUCGUACUUACUCCAGGCAAGCGAUCACGAGGGCUUGCAGGCGCAGAAUACUCGGGGAGAAUGGAUCGACUGUAGGUAAUAGCCCCGGGAGGCAGGCAGGAGACAUGCAAUAAUCUUCUUCGCUGACACUCGCACGCGCAUCACCCACAGGUCCUCCAAUCCGCGGCACUCUGGUCGUAGCCGUCGGCCAAGGCUUAGAGGCACUCACGGGCGGCGUAACGCAAAGCACCACCCACCGCGUCCUCUCUCCGCCCGCCGGCGCCGGCCCCCGCUUCUCCAUCCCCUUCUUCCAGGGCGUCUCGUACGACGCCGAAUUCGAAUCCAUGGACGUGCCCGAGCACGUGCGCGCCUUGCGCGACCAGGUGCUCGCGCAGACCAACGGCCGGCGCGACGACGUGGAAUUCACCUUUGUCAAGGGCCGCUGGAAGCAUCUCGGCGAGGCGACGUUGAUGAACAGAAUCAAAAGCCAUCCGGACGUCGGGGAGCGGUGGUAUCCAGACCUGCUGGCGCAGAUCCGGGAGGAGCAGCAGCAGCAGCAAGCGGCGGCCGCCGCCACGACGAAUAAUGCGAAGCUGUCCGAGAAGUCGAUGCCCGAUGGCGGCAUCGCAGAGGUACACCCGCAGCAGCGGCAGAAACAACCACAGCAAGCCAUUGAGGCUCACUAA